UCAAUAAAUCUCAUCCUAAUUCACCAACUAUAGAAGAACGUGAGUCCAACCGCAUACCUAUCUCUCAGCAAGAAAUUGAUCUUAGUAAUGAAGACAAUGAAAUAGUUAAUUUGGUAAAUGAACUUAUUCAAGAGUUUAAAGAUGUCUGA